AAUCAAAUAUUUAUAAGUAUGAAAUUAAAAAAUAUAUAUAAAAUUACCAAGUCUAUAUUUUGCAAAAAAUAAAAAAAACUAUACACUUACAGAUGUAAACGCUGCUAUUGAUGAUGUGGGUCAAAUAAAUAAUGUUUUUUCUAAAAAAUGGCCAAACAUACGAAAAAAAAGAAAUAGUACUAAUUGACGAUAGUAAUGAAAAGAUAACUCUAACAUUUUUGAAUGAAUUUGCAAAUAAUUUCAAGGGUAAAAUAAAUACCAAAAUAACCUUACAGAAUACUAAAAUUAAUGACUACAAAAAUCAAAGAUAUUUAACUUUAAGCCAAAAAUCAAUAGUUUUUUAUGAUGUAGAUAAAACAACCAACAUAAAAUUUGUAGAAUGGUUUAAUAGAAAUAACAGAUGUUUAAAAGAUAGUGUUGGAAAUGGACAUAAUAUGCCAGGACCUUCUGGAGAAUAAUAAAUAAUAAAUAAUAAAUAAUUUUCAUUAUAAUGAUAAUAAUA